GCUCCUUUCUCCUUCACCACCCCCAAAUUUCAACAUUUCACCUCUCACUCUCCCCUGGCCGAGUUGUCUUGUUGGGUGCUUCUGUUUGUCUAUACCAAUAAUCAUGUUUCUUUAUCCAGGGCUAGGGAUGGAAAUUAGGGAGGCAAUGAAGAGAGUAGUGGUGCAAAUUGUCUUUGUUGUUUUGGUAUUCACAAUGUGUUUCUGGAUUUCAUCAGAAUACUUUUUACUUGCCUUAAUAAGGUCUUUUACUGUUUUGGUGACCUGUAUGUUUCCAGGUCCUGAUUGGAGUGGCUUCUCUUACAAUAACAAUGAUGAUGAUGAUGAUAACGAGGGCUUUGGCAGAAGGAAGCUCGAUGGAAGUGAAAAGACAAGGUUGAUGAUGAUGAUGAAUAGGUGGAAUGGUGGUUUUGAGGGAGCACUAGUGAUAUGAAGCAGUCGAGAGGUGCAAUUGAAAGCAUGAUGGUGAUGGUGUAUGGAUGAGAAACUCAGUGAUUUAUGGAAGCAACUAGUUUCACUUCGUUGAUUGAAUUUGCUAAACAUAUCAAACUUUCCUAAUACAAACUACUAACAUGCUAAAACAAAUAAAAAAAGCAUACCAGAAACAAUCACAAAUCUCUUUAAACAUACAAGAAACCUCACAAAGUAAACCACAAAUAAUUUUAAGCACACCAAGAACCUCCUAAUGCAGACCACAAACACGGUAAAACAAUCCACAAAAGCAUACCAGAAACCUCCCAAUCCAUACCACAAAUCCCCUAAAACAAACCAAAAACCCCACAAAGCAUACCACAAAUAUUCCGAAAGCACACCAGAAACCUCAUAAUGCAAACCACAAACACGGUAAAACAAACCACAAACCUCCUAAUGCAGCCCACAAAUAUAUUAAAACAAACCAGAAACCCCACAAUUCAAACCAUAAAAUUUUCGAAAGCACACCAUAAACUUCUUAAUGCAAACCGGAAACACAAUAACGCAAACCAGAAACCUCCGAAUGCAUACCACAAAUCUCCUAAAACAAACCACAAACCUCACAAAGCAAACCACAACAUUUGCGAAGCACACCAGAAACCUCCUAAUGCAAACCACAAACACAGUAAAUCAAACCACAAAAAAGCAAACAAUAAACGUCCUAAUGUAGACCACAAAUAUAUUAAAACAAACCAGAAACCCUUCAAUGCAAACCACAAAAUUUUUUAAAGCAAACCAGAAACUUCUCAAUGCAAACCACAAACAUUAUAAAGCAGACCAAAAACUUCUCAAUGCAAACCACAAACACGAUAAAGCAAACCACAAAAGGCGUACAAAAAUAUGAGAAACCAAACCAUAAAUCUCACAAUGCAGACCAUAACAUCCGGUGAUCGUUGACCGUUGACCGGUCAACGAAGACCGUUGACCGAACUCCGGUGACCGUCAGUGACCGGAUUCCGGCGCCGAUAAGCAUAUUCCGGCCCCGGUGACUAGAUUCCGACGCCGGUAAGCAUAUUCCGACUCCGAUAAGCAUAUUCCGGCCACAAAAUAGUAUAUUCCGGCGACAAAAGCAUAUUCCGGUGACUGGUGACCAUUUUCCGGCGACCGUUGGCAGAGUUCCGGCGACCAAAUUUUUGGGCAGAAAAUAAAAAAUAUAUUUUUUUUAAUUUUUUUAUUUUUUUUAUUUUUUUAUUAUUUAAACAUAUUUUUCAUAAUGACAAUUAUACCCCUGUUUUGAUUUUACACUAGGUCAACUCAACUAAUAAAAAGUCAUCACAUCCCUAGCUUCCUAUUGGUUGGGGACUAGUGUUGUUACAAUAACAACACAAUGGGUGUUGUUACAAUAACCGGUCCCGAAAAAAAGACCUCUUGGGCUCAAGGUCGGCUAUUUUUCCGUCGGUUUAUCCGCUGGAUGGACGGCUGUGAUCGUAUUGCUGUGAUGCGGGACCCACUAUUUUGGAAAAUUGCGAAAAGUUCGUUGAUCUGAACGAGACGAAUGAUUAUCUUAAAAUAAGCUAAAUGACAAAUAUCUCCCUUCUGCGUACGGUUUACGUUUUGGAUACGAUGUCGACAAUUUCAGGCCUGGGCUACGGCCUACGAGUCGGCCCAAUUAGACCAUCUCCAAAGUCAAAACGUAGAAAGUGGGUUUUCCCAUUUUUGGGUCUACAAGAGGAUGUGGGAAAGACCAGAAAAGGGUAAGGUGGACAUUUGGAGUGGGUUAGUGAGAGUAGGGGUGAUAAUCGGUUUACCGGUUAACGGUAUAAUUGAUUAUCAAAUUGGUAAGAAGGUUUGAAAUGUUUGAAUUUUCGUCGUUUGGUUCAUCAACGGAUCAAAAAAAAAAUGUGGAGAGAUGCUCUCGCCUCUCUCCUAGAGUUCUUCCAUUUUGUCGAACUCCGCCUCUUUUCCUUCUUUGAGGGUUUGCUGCAGGCCGCCAUAGCUGACCGCGGUCAUCAAAGGGAUCACAAAUCUUCCCUAGCCCGUUACGCCGACAGCCUCUUCCCCGACAGUAAAGCGACGACGUCAACAGAACCAAGGCCGUCCCCGUCAAAUCUCGCGAGGUCUAGUGGCCGGACCGGGAACAGCAGGACGGCAGGGGCGCUGAAAAGAGGCCGCCUCUCCUCCUGGGCUAGUGAAUCAAAUACUGAGCAGGUGCAAUCUAUGAAAAAGAGAAGGAUCACCACUCAUUCGAAACCGUGGAGGUUCAAACUUCCUUCGGUAAGUGAAUUGGAAUGGGUUGAAGGGGACGUUACCCAGAAUCCUAGUGAGAGAAAGGAGAUGGCCCCAGAGGAUGUCGUAGACUCCUGGGCCAGUCAUUCAUCAUCUGAUCUCAGACCUCGAGGUGAGGCGAGAUCGAGUCUUACUGAAGUUUCUACGGCGGGGCCAGACACAGACCCGUCGCUGCGAGUGGCGACCACUCUGUUGGCCAUUGCUAUCGCCAGAAAACUGGUGAUAUCAGGCAAUUUGAAUAAUUUAGAGAACAUUAAGGGAAAGCAAAAAAAUGGUGUCCAUGGUGGGGCGAUCUCGACCCAUGAUCCUAUGGAGACCAGUGUGCUGGGCGGAUCUAUCCAAUUCCGGCCAGCCUUGCCGGCGGGGAAGGCAAUCGGACUGAGGACGCCGAUGACCGAUAAUGCCGUGAUUACCCCGGAUUUUCCUCGAUUGCCCGAUACUGGGUACGGUUGGAAUUUUGUUCUGUUACGUAGUUUGAGAGGGAAAUCCUCAAAAUCUACAAAUUCAAAAUGGAAACAGAAACCAGAUAUAUCUGAGCGGUUUGGUCUCCCACUAAGCUUGGGACUACUAUUGCCUCUAGGACACUGCGAUCUGGCUUCCUACUUAAGGAGGGCUAGCUCCCAUGCUGAGACUGCUCAUUCCCGAAAGCAGAACCAGCUACCGGUGACUAAGCAGUUGAAGGUCCCAGGCGUUCAGGUGGUGAUCUCAGGUAUAUUGACUGUUAAGGGCGGAGGGAUUGAAUUACUUCUUAGCCACGAUUUUAUCGUAUCCCACCGUCUCGUUUUUUUAUUCUCACGUUACCCAUGGACGUUGAGUAAUCCCCCUCUCCUGAUCGUGAAUGACGAUACCAUGACUGUUUAUUCUCCAUUGUAGAGUAUGACCAUGUCGCACGUCGCCAAAGACCAGGUUGU